UACCUGCAUUAUAUUAUAAAAUGACACCUUUAUACUUAGUACAUGAAGUCUUUCUAAACUGAAAUGUGUUUUAAAAAUAGUAACUGUUCCGAUAACAUGCUCUGGAAUUUCAUUAACGAAUCCAGCAGUCUAUAUCUAAAUGUCGGCUAUAGCUCAAAAACUUUGCGAGGAAAUCGUAGAUCCCGUAGUAAAGUCUACUUCAAAAAUACCAAGUAGUCAAGUCCAUCAAUCCAAGUUACCUAGCAAGAAGUCUUCAACUGCAAACAGCCGCAACAGGAACAUAGGAAAACCCACACGUUCCGUGGUUAUAAAAAAAGAAAAAACCAAUAAGAUCGUACCAAAUGGAUCUAGUAAAACUGUCAUUAACAAAUUUCGAUCAAAAGAGACUAUAUUGAAGAAGGAUUACGUUGAAAUUGGAGUCAAUACAGAAGUAAGUGGAUCUCUGCGAUGUGACAAUAAUUGUAUUACAGCGGUUAGGAAACGAGGUCCUAACAAAUGUGGUGGAUCCGGCGUGACUUCGUGCAAAUGCUCUUUGAAACGAGUCAGGCUGAAAGGGACGCCGAAGUUGAUACAGACCGAACAACUGCACACUUGCUCACUAUUGGAUAAAGCAUGCACACAAUGUGUUGAGACCGCAAGUUUUGGUACAACACCCUUUGUUAAAUAUGACGAUAACGCGCCUGCUUCUUCCUUUAAACAAUCAAAGACAACUUUCCGGGAGCCUACUUUAGCUUUCAAAGAGUCAUAUCACAACAUGAAAGAACCAAGAAAGUAUUUCUACAAACCCCAACAUAGCUUUCCUGGGCAACAUCAGUCUUUUAAUGAAUACCAUUCAAUUUCUAAGGAACCUCAACGGAGAAAAACAGAUAUACAUGGGUCUUUUGUGUCAUAUAGAUCUUGCAAACGAUGGGCGUUAUCACAAUAUCCUGUUCGGGGACCUGAUUUCUAA